CGGCUUUUCAGAAAACGGUUUCAUGAUAGCGUGGAUCGGAACGCACUGUAUCGUCCGUCAGACUGGUAUCCGAUGUCGGGACGUAGAGACGCGCGCGCCCGCGGCCGCGCGCCUCUUAUCUCUUAUCAGCCCUUAUCAAUUACUCAUCGCGAAACCGAUCGCCUCGAUACUUCACCGCGCAAAUAAUCACACCCGUACCAGAUGAGCUCGUGGCUACCAUGCAUCGGAAAGUGCUGUGUUUAUGUGUGGUGCUUCUCCUGGGAUAUGCCGACGGUCAAGCUGGCCAGCAAAUGCUCAACAAGCUAGCGUGCAUCGACCAUCAGGAGUGUGGUGCGUGCCUAUCGGCCGCGCCUCACUGCCGCUGGUGCGCCGACCCUUACUACAACGCGCCCGCCCCGAGGUGUAACGACGACUUGAGCUUGGUGCAAAGUGGGUGCAGUCAGGGUCUGAUUCAACGCCCACUGCCGGCGCUGUGGGAAGUUGUUGCUAAUAACACAUUGCAGGAUGUGCAGCCCGAUAGCUUAGAUCAUGUUGUUCAAAUUCAGCCGCAAAGCAUACGCCUGUCCCUGAAACCAAGGGAGACCAGGAAGGUAAAAUUCUCUUAUCGACCAGCUAAAAACUACCCUCUGGACCUGUAUUACCUGAUGGACCUCACGUGGUCCAUGAAGGACGAUAAAGAUACGCUUGUCAACCUUGGAGACGCCCUCACGGUCACACUGAGCAACUUGACUGACAACUUCAGGAUAGGAUUCGGUAGUUUCGCCGAUAAGCCGCUGAUGCCUUUCAUAAGCGUGGACGAGAAGCGACUAGCGAAUCCUUGUGCCAUGGAAGAGCAUGAGUGUGAGGCCAUGUACAACUACAGGCACCAUCUGUCGCUUACCGAUCAAGUGAAAGAUUUCAUAGAAAACGUAAACAAGAGCGCAGUGACGGCGAACUUGGACAACGCGGAGGGCCAGCUCGACGCUCUGGUGCAGGUCAUAGCUUGCGGCAAUCGCAUCGGAUGGUCGGCGCACAGUAGGAAGAUUGUGAUCCUGCUGACUGACGGCUCCAUACAUACGGCGGGAGACGGGAAACUAGCUGGUGCGACAAAAAGAAACGACGGUGAAUGCCAUUUAGAUGAUAACGGUUACUAUACAGAGUCAAUAAUAUACGAUUACCCGUCUCUUGAACAAGUGUAUAGACUUUUAGAUAAGUACAAGGUAAACGUAGUUUUUGCUGUAACUGAUAGCGUGAAAUCCUACUACGAUAACGUUCAUCAGCUUCUUGAAGAUUUCACUUACGUUGCCAAAUUGGAAAGCGACAGUUCCAACAUACUGAAAUUGGUUAAAAUGGGUUACGAAGACAUUGUGAGCGUGGUUAAUUUCAAAGACGAUUCUAGUAAUGGUCCUGUGAAGGUCCAGUACUUUACGAACUGCGGAGUCAAAGGUGGCUCCAUGAUGGAAACUACCAAGUGCACUGGUGUUGAAUAUGGCAUGACGCUUAACUAUGAAGCUCAUUUAACUUUGGAUUCUUGCCCAGAGUACAAGAAGAUAACCCAAAAAAUACGCAUAUCUGAGAGUCAAUUAGGCCAGGAUUCUUUAGAGCUGGAUGUUGAACUGCAAUGCGGCUGUGAAUGUGAAGGCGAUCAAAUCAAAGACAUGUUGCUCAAUUGCCCCAGUAAUUCGCAUUUGGUCUGCGGUGUCUGUCAGUGCAAUAAAGGAUGGUCAGGUCCUAUGUGCAAUUGCUCUAUAGAGGAUGAAGCCGCUUCGGCAGCUUUAGAAGCGCAAUGCCGUGAACCCAAUGCGACUCGAACUAUCGCGUGCUCCGGCAUGGGCGACUGUCGGUGCGGCAAGUGCCAAUGCGACCGCGGCUUCAGUGGCAGAUACUGCCAGUGCAAGGAUUGUGAACGGAGCAUUGAGAACGGCAUGGAGUGCGGCGGUGCUGAGCGAGGCACUUGCGUAUGCGGACAGUGCUCGUGUGCGCCGGGCUGGCUGGGGUCCGCGUGCGACUGUCCCACUGCCACCGAGGCCUGCCGCGCGCCCGCAGGCGGCGACGUGUGCUCCGGACACGGCACCUGCGAGUGCGGUCGUUGCAAGUGCGACUCAUCCGGGCCUGACGGGAAGUAUUCGGGAAUGUUCUGCGAGACUUGCGCUACGUGCAAGAACCCCUUGUGCGUGAACGCGGAACCGUGCGUCAGCUGCCACCUCAACAACACGUGCACAGAUCUGUGCACCAUCGGCGACUUCAACUACACAGUCACCGAGAGGUUAACUGAUACUGACACGCUGAAAACCGGUGAAGUCGCAUGCAUCCUUCGAAGAGAAAACGAGGACGGACAAGACUGCGAGUACAAAUAUACGUACAGUGCUGCCACCAAAUCCAUGAUCUCCAUGGAGAUAGUCAUUAGGUCCAAGAACUGCAUCGGGGCACUGCGAGCCAAGCUCAUGACCAGCGCCUUGGUGAUAAUGGCUUGCGUAGUGGCCGUCGGAAUGAUAGUCAUAUUGAUUUACAAGUCCGCCCAAAUCAUCUCCGAUAGACGAGCGUAUGCGAAAUUUGUCCAGGAGGCCCAAGAAAGCAGGAUGCAUAUGCAGGAACUCAAUCCUUUGUACAUAUCUCCUAUCUCCGAAUUCAAAAUGCCCGAGGCUUACAAUAGAGAUAAAAUGGAUUGAUGCAUUGGGUAGAGCUGUGUUAAAAUUUAGUGUAAUUAGUUUCUUUAACUUUGUUGACUCUGUUGUACUUACAUUUAAAAAAUAUUUAUGCAGUACCUAUUUAUAAGGUAAGUUUUUCACAAUCUUUUUAAUUUGUUAAAUAAAGUGCCAUUUACAAUGCUCCUUUUGUCGAACUCGUAAAAUAAUGUGUCAUGUAUUUGAGUAAUUGUACUUAUCACCCUAGUCCCUAAUACCUUAUAUUAGGAGGAAUCAAUGUUGAAAUAAUCAACAGU